AUGACGAAUAUGGAGCCAAUCACAUACCCUUCGGAGGUAUUUUCGAGACUUGUGCCCGAUCUAUAUCUACACAGACAUCUCAACCAAGGAUUGCGACCAGCUACAAACCGAGCCUUCACACAACACCGAAAGAUCAACCACUUUUUGGGCGGUCUUAAGAAGCCCGUGGGAUCCGACGAAAAGUCUGCGUCUCUGGUUUGGGGCUCUUCGUUGAUCCAGGCCGAUGGAAUGAGUAUUGUGUGUGGUGUUACCGGAUCUGUGUCUGAGGAAGAGGGCGGAAUCUUUGUUAACGUCGAGGUUCUGCGAGGAGCAAACGGAAGCAGUGCAGCAAUGGGGGGGCCUCCCAGCGACGAGGAGCAGGUGGUGAGCCGAAAGACUACCGAUCUGCUCAAAAAGGGCAUUUUCUCCUGCAAGGCAAACAAACAAUUCUUCGAGCUCCAGAACUUUCUGAAGGAGGGACAGGAAGACGAGGCCGUGUUUGACGCUGGCCAGCACCAGAAGCGAUACCUGUGUUUGCAUGCCAAUGUGACUGUCCUGAGUCGUAACGGACCUGUGCAGGACUACGUAUGGGCUGCUGUUCUGGCUGCUCUGAAGGAUACAGAGAUUCCUCUGAUGGAGAUUGAUGAAGAUACCGGACGAAUCACUCUCACCCACGACUUUACCACAAUUCCGGUCGACGACCUUGACAUUCACAGCAGUCGGUCGUUCGGGUUCAUCAAACCCAAGCCAGAGACUGAUGCCUACGAAGACGACGAGAUGGACACCUCUGAAGAUGCUGCCAGUGUGCUGUUAGCAGAUGUCCAAGGAGAGGUUGAGCAGGCUGCCACUUCCAGCACCCGUGAGGGCUCUCGGCUGCAGAUUGUGCGUGGCCGGGAAGACACGCUUAUUGGAUUUUCUUUUGUGGGCAAGGGUACUGGAGUUGGACUCAACGAGAUUAAGAACGCGUUGGAUCUGUCGAAGCAAGAGUAG